CACUUGGAUACAUUGAAAACAUGGGGGAAAUAAAGGAAAAAGAUGCAGAGAACUAUGGAAAAGGACAGCGCUCACCGAAAUUAUGUGGGACUAACUACCCUGUUAGCAUUGCCUUCAUUGUGGUCAACGAGUUCUGUGAAAGAUUCUCUUACUAUGGAAUGAAAGCGGUGCUCACGCUUUAUUUCAUACGUUACCUGGGCUGGGACAAGAAUCUGUCUACAGCUGUGUACCAUGCUUUCUCUGGCCUGUGCUACUUUACUCCACUUCUGGGGGCCUUGAUAGCUGACUCAUGGUUGGGGAAGUUCAAAACCAUCAUCUAUCUGUCUAUAGUCUAUGUGAUUGGUCAUGUGGUCAAGUCUGUGGGUGCCAUUCCUAAUGUAGGGGACAGCACUAUUCAUAUAGUUUUGUCAGUGGUUGGUCUGGUCCUUAUAGCUUUUGGGACAGGAGGGAUCAAACCAUGUGUUGCAGCUUUUGGUGGUGACCAGUUCGAUGAGGAGAAUACAGACGAGAGGCGAAAGUUCUUCUCCAUCUUUUACAUGUCAAUCAAUGCUGGAAGUGUCUUGUCCACCAUUGUCACACCAAUACUAAGAGGUGAUGUGAAGUGCUUUGGAGGAGACUGCUACGCCCUGGCCUUUGGAGUUCCUGCGGUUUUAAUGGUCAUAGCCUUAGUGGUGUUUAUUUCUGGAAGUGGACUAUAUAAGAAAAGUCCUCCGGAGGGAAAUAUCUUGGUGCGUGUCUGCAAAUGUAUUGGGUUCGCUAUACGAAAUCGAUGGAGGAAUUCCAAGAACAGCCCAAAACAGAGUCACUGGCUGGAUUGGGCAGAGGAGAAGUACCCGAAGCGGCUCAUUCAGGAAAUUAAAAUGGUGUUCAGGGUGCUGGUACUCUACAUUCCAUUGCCCAUGUUCUGGGCUCUCUUUGACCAGCAGGGUUCACGCUGGACUCUUCAAGCCACUCGAAUGAACAUGAAUUUUGGCGGAGGCUUUAUAGUAAAGCCUGAUCAAAUGCAGAUGCUGAAUGCUUUGCUGAUUCUGGUGUUUAUUCCAAUCUUUGACAUGGGCAUAUACCCGCUGGUAGGGCUGUGUCGGAUCAAACUCACUCCAUUAAGGAAGAUGGCAACAGGCAUGAUCCUUGCUGCACUUGCCUUCUGUGCUGCAACUGUCGUAGAAAUUUACGUCAUUAAAACUGUUGUGGAGCCCCCUCCUGCCAAAGAAAGCCUCAUUCAGGUUUUCAAUCUUAUGGAUUCAGAUGUCAGAGUGCAAUUUCCUGGGCACGCUGUCUUCUCAGAGCCACUCACACCAUAUGAGGAUCCUUCGGGAUACACAAGUCUUCCACUUACUGGUGAAUCCCAGCUCCAGACAGUGAUUGUCAGUCACAAUGGGGCAGAAUACCAGUGUGGACUCACGUUCACAGAACGGGCUGCCUACAGUCUCUUCCUGCACCGUCCCGUACAGCCUGGUGGCUCUGUAUGCAAACUGGUGGAAGAUCACAUCACCAAAUCUGAAAAUGGGGAUGCGUAUCUAAGGUUCAUCAAUACCCACACUGAGAAUAUCAACAUAACUGUUGGAGACGAGGAAUUUUAUGCCACCGCUAAUUAUGGGAUUUCUCACAAUAUAAGUGUACCAAGGGGAGAAUACAAUAGAGUUGUUUGUUUAGCAGACUCCAGUAGAUAUGAAAUCGAUCUGGGACUUCUUGAUUUUGGUGCCUUCUACACUGUCGUACUCACACAGAAAAGCAAUGAUCUAACACUCACAAAGAUGGAGGAUAUCCAAGCCAACAACAUUAACAUCGCCUGGCAGAUUCCACAAUAUGUCUUCCUCACCGCUGGAGAAGUUAUGUUCUCUAUCACUGGUUUGGAGUUCUCUUACUCACAGGCACCGGCAAACAUGAAGUCUGUUCUCCAGGCUGGAUGGCUUAUGACUGUGGCAUUUGGAAAUGUCAUAGUACUGAUUGUGGCAGAGGGGGCCGGGAUGGAACAGUGGGUGGAGUUCCUCCUUUUUGCUGCUCUUUUGGUGGCUGUCAGCAUCAUCUUUUCCAUCAUGGCCUAUUUCUACACCUAUGUGGAUCCAGAUCAGCUGGACAAGAUUUUCAGAGAGGACACAGACGAUGAGAAAGUGAAAAGUUUAAAUGGUAUGAAAAACGAGGCGUUUUCCAUGGCUGACAUGCCAAAGCAAACCAAGAUGUAGCAAAAUGACUGUUUCAUUAUGAACUAUUCAAAUCCAUUAAUUGUGAUUAAGCUAAAUUCUGUUUUUAAUAUGUUCCAAGGUCUUUGUGGCAUUAUGCUGAACUCUACUGAUCAGGGAUUAUAGUCCAGCUGAUUUAAGAGAAAUUUACUGUGCUGAAGGAAUUAUGCUUUUACAUUAUAUGGUACCUUACAAAAAGUAAGUAUCUGUUUUUGA